CUAGCUAGCUAGCUAGCUAGCUAGCUGCCUGCCUGCUCGCCCGCCCGCGCUGUCCGCCCUGUCUCCACUGCCUGCCUGCCUGCCUACGCUGCCCGCUUUCCCUGCCCGCACUGCCUCUACUGCCUGCGCUGCUUUGCCUGCCUGCCUGCCCGCCUCUGAUGCAGCCAACCUGACGUGCGCCGCGGCCAAUAGGGUGCCGCCCCCGGGGGCGUUGCUGCCGGCUGAUUGGUUGGCAGGAGCCGAGCGCUGCGCAAAAACAGCAAAGCCGAGCGCUCUCGGCUCAGAAACUGCCGGCAGAGAUCAGAGGAGCGGAGCCGGGCUGGAGCCGGGACGGGAGGAGAGCGGCGGCAGCGGCAGCAGCAGCAGCAAGCAGAGAGAGGGGGUUAGGCGCAAAAGCAGCAAGAGAGGAAAAAGGCAAAACUGAUCGGCACGUCCAUAAAACGCAGAGUGAUGAUGAUGAACGUAAUAAUAGCAAUAAAAGAAGAAAAUGAAAGACUGUUGAUAGAAGAGAGAAAAAUCUAAGAUCUUUAAAUAAAAAGAGGAAAUCCCAGAGAAAUCAGGGAAUGAAAGUUUGGGUAGAGAAGCUGCUCUCUGCCGUUUUUGAUAUGAAACGUUUUUGCGGGUUAUAGUUUUUUUUUCUUUUUUUUUUUUUUUUUCUUUUUCAUUUCGCGAUUUUCUGCCUUUUUCUUGCCUCCGAAGAGGGCAUGUCCACCGGCUCCGCCAGCAGCGUCUCCCCCUCUGGCUCCCACCAGGAAGACAAACCGAGGACAAUCCUGAAAUACAAAAUUUUCUUCCCUGGGAUUUGCUGCUGCUGCUGCCGCCGCUGUUGCUGCCGCGGUGCAGUGCCAAGACUCUCGGAAUAAAUAAAAGCGGGCUACUGUGUGUCUGUAGAUGCGGGCAGCUAAUAGCUAUUAUUAGUUGGCCAUUGAUUUCGAAGAUCACAGAUGAAGUGGGGACGCCUUUCUUCUUCAUUUGGUCAGCGUGUGAAACAAUAAUACUCGUAACAAAUAGGAGGGAGAUGGGGGUGAAAAAAAUCUUAACAUGAUUCAGAAGAAAUAAUACCUAGCGCACUCCCCCCUAAGCCGGAGCCCCCCUUCCUUCCCCCCCUCCCCGCUCCCUCUCUCGCCACACGCUCGCAGGCGCGGACACACACACACACUCGCACACAGAGUCGCGCACACACAUCCACACACAGGCGCACGCACUGUGCUGUGUGCUUUCGGAGGAGGAGGUGGUGGAGGCUUUUGGAAAAAGAGGAAGAGGUGGCGUUGGGGAGGGGGGAUCUCUUUCCCCGUUGGAGAUGAUCGUGCUAUUCCUCUUUGCCUCGCUCUGGAUGCUGGAGGGGGCCCUCGGCCAGCUCCAUUACACGGUGCAGGAAGAACAGGAGCAUGGCACGUUCGUGGGGAAUAUCGCCGAAGACCUGGGCUUGGACAUUACAAAACUUUCGGCUCGCCGCUUCCAGACGGCGUCCAAUUCCCGCAGCCCUUACCUGGAGCUCAACCUGGAGACCGGGGUACUCUACGUGAACGAGAAGAUCGACCGCGAGCAGAUCUGCAAGCAGAGCCCCUCCUGCCUGCUGCACCUGGAGGUCUUCCUGGAGAACCCCCUCGAGCUGUUCCGGGUGGAGAUCGAGGUGCUGGACAUCAACGACAACCCACCCUCCUUCCCCGAGCCCGACCUCACCGUGGAGAUCUCGGAGAGCGCCACGCCGGGCACCCGCUUCCCCCUGGAGAGCGCCUUCGACCCCGACGUGGGCACCAACUCUCUGCGCACCUACGAGAUCACUCCCAACAGCUACUUCUCACUCGACGUGCAGACGCAGGGCGACGGCAACCGCUUCGCCGAACUGGUGCUGGACAAGCCGCUGGACCGCGAGCAGCAGGCGGUGCACCGCUACGUGCUGACCGCGGUGGACGGCGGACAGCCCCAGCAGCGCACCGGCACCGCCCUGCUCACCAUCAGGGUGCUGGACUCCAACGACAACGUCCCCGCCUUCGAGCAGCCCGUCUACACCGUGUCGCUGCCAGAGAACUCGCCGCCGGGCACGCUGGUGCUGCAGCUCAACGCCAGCGACCCCGACGAGGGGCAGAACGGCGAGGUCAUCUACUCCUUCAGCAGCCACAUCUCGGCCCGCGCCCGGGAGCUCUUCGGCAUCGCGCCGCGCACCGGGCGCCUGGAGGUGAGCGGCGAGCUGGACUACGAGGAGAGCAGCGUGUACCAGGUGUACGUGCAAGCGAAGGACCUGGGGCCAAACGCCGUGCCGGCGCACUGUAAGGUGCUGGUGCGGGUGCUGGACGCCAACGACAACGCGCCCGAGAUCAGCUUCUCCACCGUGAAGGAGGCGGUGAGCGAGGCGGCGGCGCCGGGCACCGUGGUGGCCCUCUUCAGCGUCUCGGACCGCGACUCGGAGGAGAACGGGCAGGUGCAGUGCGAGCUGCUGCAGGGCGACGCGCCCUUCCGCCUCAAGAGCUCUUUCAAGAACUACUACACCAUCGUCACCGAGGGGCCGCUGGACCGCGAGCAGCCGGGCGGCGACGCCUACACGCUGACGGUGGUGGCGCGGGACCGCGGCGAACCGCCGCUCAGCACCAGCAAGUCCAUCCAGGUGCGGGUGAGCGACGUGAACGACAACGCGCCGCGCUUCAGCCAGCCCGUCUACCAGGUGUACGUGAGCGAGAACAACGUGCCCGGCGCCUACAUCUACGCCGUCAGCGCCACCGACCGGGACCAGGGCGCCAACGCCCAGCUCGCCUACUCCAUCCUGGAGAGCCAGAUCCAGGGCAUGUCAGUCUUCACCUACGUCUCCAUCAACUCCGAGAACGGCUUCCUCUACGCGCUCCGCUCCUUCGACUACGAGCAGCUCAAGGAGUUCAGCUUCCAGGUGGAGGCUCGCGACGCCGGCGAGGAGCCGCAGCCGCUGGCCGGCAACGCCACCGUCAAUAUCAUCGUCGUGGACCAGAAUGACAACGCUCCCGCCAUCGUCAGCCCGCUGCCCGGCCGCAACGGCACCCCGGCGCGGGAGGUGCUGCCGCGCGGCGCCGAGCCGGGCUACCUGGUCAGCCGCGUGGCGGCGGUGGACGCCGACGACGGCGACAACGCCCGCCUCACCUACAGCAUCGUGCGAGGCAACGAGGCCAGCCUCUUCCGCAUGGACUGGCGCACGGGCGAGCUGCGCACGGCGCGCAGGGUGCCGGCCAAGCGCGACCCGCAGCGGCCCUACGACCUGGUGGUCGAGGUGCGCGACCACGGGCAGCCGCCGCUCUCCUCCACCGCCGCCAUCCAGGUGGUGCUGGUGGACGGCGCGGCCGAGCGGCCCGGCGGCGGCGGCGGCGGAGCGCUGGGUGCGGGGGUGGGCGCGGGGGGCGGCGGAGGCGGCGGAGAGCAUCGGCCCAGCCGCUCCGGGGGGGACACCUCGCUCGACCUCACCCUCAUCCUCAUCAUCGCCCUGGGCUCCGUCUCGUUCAUCUUCUUGCUGGCCAUGAUCGUGCUGGCCGUGCGCUGCCAGAAGGAGAAGAAGCUCAACAUCUACACCUGUCUGGCCAGCGACUGCUGCCUGGGCUGCUGCUGCUGCUGCCCCUGCUGCAGCCGCCAGGCGCGGGCCCGCAAGAAGAAGCUCAGCAAGUCGGACAUCAUGCUGGUGCAGAGCUCCAACGCGCCCAGCAACCCGGCGCAGGUGCCGGUGGAGGAGUCGGGCAGCUUCGGCUCCCACCACCACAACCAGAACUACUGCUACCAGGUCUGCCUCACGCCCGAGUCCGCCAAGACCGACCUGAUGUUCCUCAAGCCCUGCAGCCCCUCCCGCAGCACCGACGCAGAGCACAACCCUUGUGGGGCCAUCGUGACCGGCUACGCCGACCAGCAGCCCGACAUCAUCUCCAACGGCAGCAUCCUGUCCAGCGAGACGAAACAUCAGCGUGCUGAGCUCAGUUAUCUAGUUGACAGACCCCGACGGGUAAACAGUUCUGCAUUCCAGGAAGCAGACAUAGUAAGCUCUAAGGACAGUGGUCAUGGAGACAGUGAGCAAGGAGACAGUGAUCAUGAUGCCACUAAUCGAGGUCAAUCCUCUGGCAUGGAUCUCUUCUCCAAUUGCACAGAGGAAUGUAAAGCACUGGGCCAUUCAGAUCGGUGCUGGAUGCCUUCCUUUGUCCCAUCUGACGGACGCCAAGCUGCAGAUUACCGCAGCAAUCUGCAUGUACCUGGCAUGGACUCCGUUCCAGACACUGAAGUGUUUGAAACACCAGAAGCCCAGCCGGGGGCAGAAAGGUCCUUCUCCACCUUCGGCAAAGAGAAGUCUCUUCACAGCACUCUGGAGAGGAAGGAGUUGGAUGGACUGCUGUCUAAUACACGAGCGCCUUACAAACCACCAUAUUUGAACUAAAGGGUCAUUUGGUGAUGAGGAUAAUGGUUCACUUUGAAAGGAAAGAAAACCAGCUUCUGAAUCUGGGGGAUUCUAGAUCUUGCUUCAAAUAACAAGACGAACUAGGAAAAAAUAGGCUUGGAAAUUCCUGUAAUAUUGAACCUACAAGUCUUGACUAUUUGCCUUGUUCUUGUACUGUUUCUGUAGAAGCACACUGGAAUACUUGCCAUGAUGUGUUAGACAGAAUAAUAAAACAACAUGAGAAGUUUGUUUUUCAGACUAUCAAGCCUCAAAAAGACUUUUCUCUGAAAAAGUGAAUCAACAUUAAACUGUUUGCUACAAUGGGAAUUUUAAGCAACAGUUUGUUACAAGUUUUGAUUGUCUCUCUACACUAUAAGAAAUACUAAACCUAAGAACUGUUGGGGACUGAUUUUUUUCCUUUUUCUCUCAGAAGUGUCUUUCUUUCUUUCCUGCAGCACGGAAAAGGAUAUGCUAGUCACUUCUACAGGACUUACCUGAAGCAGCAUGAUUUGCACAAAAGUCGACCAACAAAAAGCAUCAACUUUCAACUUCAUUAUCUUGGCCACCCAGUUCUGUCUAACUGAAGGAUUUGUGUGCUGUUGGAGACAUCAUGGCCAACAAUAGGACCUAAUUGCUCUCAGCAGGCCUGAGAAAUGAGUUGAAAUGUGUAGAACUGUAGAAACUUCAGAGGCAACUGAUCUUGCCUCUCUGAUCAGUGUGUGCCUGUUUACAGCACUAUAUAUCUUUCUCUCUCCAAAAUGUCACUGAGCCCUUUAGAUGUUUAUAAUCACCACAAGAAGCCAAUCGUACAGAUAAAAGAAAUGUGCAUUAUAAAUGCAAUAUCACUGUUUUAAACUUGACUGUUUUAUAUUAUUUUUGUGUGAUCAAGUGUUCCCCAAACUAUUCCAACUUUACAAGAGAGAUUGUGAUCAUGUUCUUUUCACCCGUGGGUCAUAAAAAUGUUGUUAAUCUGAAGACCCACCAAAUUAUCAAAGACAUUCUGUAGUUUAUACACCGUGUUGCAAAGUGUUUACUGUACUAUUUCAAAGCUUCUAAAUAAAUAUAAAAUAUAUAUAUAUUAUAUUAUAUAUAAUUUUGAGAAAAAUGUGGUACAACUUAGUUGAUUUUUAAAUGGAUUCAUACAGUCUACACCAUACACUAAAAUGAGAAGGUAAUUCAGGGUUCCUAAGCUAUCCUUGCUAAAAACAAAUAUUAAAUAAACCUUUAAUAGUACUUCCCCAAUAUUCGUAUCUUGGUCAAUCCCGUUUUUCUUGUUUAAAAAAAAAAAAAAGAAAAAAAAGAAAAAAAAGCUGUAAGCAACAACAUUUUGUCUAAAAGUUGUAAUGAAUUUUCAAUGCCAAAGAUGCAGCUGUCAAUAUUACCAGAAUGAGCGCUAUGUACUAUCAGAGCUAUAAUUCACUCUCCAUUAUUUUGAUGAUAUUUCUAUGCUUUUUAAUUUGGAAUCAUAAAACCUUUUAUAAGGCUCUAUAAGCUCACCUAUAUAUGUUGCUGAAAAGAACACUGAGUGUCUGUACAUUUUGCAAUGUAAGAUAUAUGUAAGUGAAGUAUUUUAAGAAAAUCAUCCCAAACUCAUAAAUAUGCAUACGUACAUACACACACACAAACACACGCACAUCUCUCUGACAUACUUUUGUGAAGCUAUACAAAUAUAUUGCCUAAAAAUAUUUCUCUUGUGGCUAGGAAUAGUUAUUGAUAGAAUUCAAACUACAAAGGCAAACUAUAUGCCAAAAUAUCAACUCUUUUAUCACAAAGGAUGUUUGAAAUUAGGAACACGGCACAUUCUCAUCUGACCCUUCUCCCAUUGGAGUUUCAAAGGGGCUGAUUAUCAUCUCAGCUGGGAAAAGGAUCAAGCCCUUUCAUAUAAUCUUUAUGUUCUGUAAUAAUUGUAUGGUUGGAAAUGGUAUCUUAGAGCAAUUUUUUCCUAUGAAAUACUGAAAACAGUAAACAUUCAAAGGUAAAUUCAUCUCCAUGGAGCUUAAGUACCAUUUACUAAAUGUAAAGAUGUAGUAAAGUGCUUUUCUUCUUUUUUUUUUCUUUUUGAGUUGUUGUUGCUUUUUUUUCUCCCCACUGUAUCUUAGUAUCUGUCAAGUACUGAAAAGAAAUGAUAGAACACUGUGUUAUCAAGCAACAUCUACCCAAAUUUGAGCAAAUGCCUGGGGAUUAUCCAAUAUUAAGACAACAGAAAACCUUUCAUUGAUUGCAGUUGAAUUUGGAUCAUGCUGUUAUAUAGGAAUUCGGAUACCCCCACUAGUGCUGCCACAGGAGGAACGUGUGAGAAGCUGAAUUUAGCUACUGUUAUGUGGUUAUUAAGUCUGGUUUUCUUCCCUCUGUCAUUAUUUUUGUUUAUAAUGACAGUUUCUAGAAGACAGAUAAAUCAUCCAUAUGGAAACCAUCCUGCUGAGGAUUCAGACAAGAUUCCUGAUCAGUUCCUGAUCAAUCUGUACACAUGGCUGCUGGACUGAGCUCUGAAGUUAAUUUAACUACUCUGAACAAAAUAUUAUUAUUAAACACUUUUAAUGGGUAUUUCUAGCCAAUCCAUAUAACUCAAAUAUAUUUUGGGGAUCCUUUUAAAAAUAUGUGUAUUAUAUAAAACACAAUCAGAAGGGAGUGAAAACAGUGGUUACUGAUUUGAACAAACACCAACCAUGGAAUGUUUCUUUAGCUGUAGACAGUGGGACUUUUAGUCACCUAUAUGCCUUUUUAGUUUUAUGAAGAACAACAAUGAUAUUUGUGACAUCACUUUCACUUAAAGGAUUAUGUUAAAUUGUUGUUUCUGCUUUUAAAGGCCUUCAAGGAAUUUGUUUUUCUUUGUUUCCAAGUACCUCAUUAAUAUUAGAUGUAAAGUAAGUUUGUUUUCAGGUUUUGGGAAGAAAAGAAAUAUUUUUUCUUUCUUUUUUUGGAGACAGUGAAGUAUUUUUAUUUAAUAAAACUUCCUUCACAAUUUGCAUGCAUUUUUUUUCUUUCUGAAAAACUUAACCAUAUCAUAUCACGUCAUUCCUUUGCAUAACUGAAUGCUUUCAGUGAACUGUGUAUUUGAUACACACAUCUUUUUUUUUUUUUUUUUUUUUUUGAUUAAUGUUAGAUAAUACAGACAUUGAUCUGUGUAUGCACAGAACUCCUUCUGAGUUCAUUGGGAGAGUCCCAGAAGGAAUUGUGAUAGGAUGUGGAACUCUUGAGGAACAGAAAGUUUUAAACUACUACAUCCUGGGCUCCCAAAAUAUUUAAAUACUUCUGUGGAUUUCCCUAGCUCACUGUGAAUUUAAGUAUGCUAAUGUGUGAUGACAUGAGGUUUAGGUCACAUUAAAAAACAGUACCUAUCUGUUACAUGUCAAGAGAAGUACUGAGAACUGCAUUUGGCCGUACAGAGGUUCAAUCCCUUCCCUGUUUCUAUGUUGUAGUGGGGAAGAUACCUGUUGCAUCCAGCCACCUUCCAUUGAAACUGAAUUGUUCAGCAUGUCCAUGUAUUUCACCAUGCUACUAGGUGCCUAUCUGCAGUGAUAGGUAUGUAAAUGCCUUUAAGCAUUAGCUUUUUGUAUUUACCUCUUCCUUUAAGUGUAUGUGUUACUAAUGUCUAAGAACUCUGAUUGGGCAAAAAAAUACAAUGAAGUAGUUGGAAAAUACUUAGGAUGCAUAUUAGAGAAGUAUCUGCAUCAUAAGCUGGAGUAGGAAAAGUUCUGAUACCUCCUUCUUUGAAGAUUUUCAAGAAGUGUUCAAAAAAUACCUGUCAGGGAUGAUAUAAGUGUACUUAAACUUGCCUCAGAGAAAUGGCAUGGACUAGCCUCUCAGUCCUGUUCUGUAAAUUUCAUCAUAAGGCAUACUGAGCUUCAGAGGAUGUUAUCUGUACACAGCUGUAGGAAUUAAGAUGUUCUAUCCUUCAAUUAGGUAUCAGAAGCAAUAUUUAAUAUUUAAAUUUACAUAAAAACUGAGAGCGUAGUAGAACAAGCUGUCUGUGUGAAGAACUUUCUUUAGAGUAAAUGAAAGUUCCAGCACAAGACAGCGUCUGACAGCGAAUAACAAAAUGAAACCAGAUGUGUAAUUUAUUUAUUUAUUUUUUACUUCCUGGUUUAGAUGUGUAGCAAUGGAUAUCUAAGCAACUUGCCUAUUAAAUUUCUUUUGUUUCUUCCAGGCUAAUUAUUGCAAAACUGAAAAAUACUAAAAUGUUUCACUACUUGAAACAAAAUUACCAUUAUUUCAUGCAGGUUUUAAUUAAUCUGCCCAUUGAGAAGGGAAAAAAUGUAUUUCCAUUAAAUAGUCUCAGCUGAUUUGAACAAGGUGUAGUAAUUUUUCAACAUUAUUAUUGCAAAACUAAGUGGAAUGUCAGUGCACAGAUAUAUAUUAUUUGUAAAGAUUAUGCUUCAUGCAUUAUAGUCACUAUAUAUGUGUGUGUUGGGGGGUUAUGUGUGUGUGUAUAUAAUUAUAGUUCAAAAUCUGGUAAGUUGCCUCUGGAUUUUUUUCUUACAGGAGUAUGCUCCUAUCAGUAAAUUCAAAGAGAAGGGUAGAAACACAUUUAUGAUACUAGAAAAUUAGACUUGUUCUUUAGUGUAGAAUGGAGUUUUGUACUCAACAUUUGAAUUCAGCCCCUUCCUCAUGUGUCACGCCCACAAUCAAACACACACUUCAUUGUUUGACUUUAAAACUUUUACCUGCUCACAGCAGACUUUUUUUUUCUUUCUUUUCUUUUUUUAAGUGCUAUCAUUCCUCAGGGUAAAAGGUGGAUAAAUAGAUAGUCUUCCUUGGCUGAUAAAUUGUCAUUGCAAUUUUGCAAGGCUGUUAAAUAUUUAUAUGUCUUAUGUGGAGAAAGCUGAUCAUAUCCUGCCACUGUUCCUUGUUCAAGUCUUAAGUUGUUUGGCAUUGGGACUUUUUAAUUAAAAUUUAUACAAAGGUGUAGGGGCCAAAGUAAGCAUCAUUGAUAGACAAUUAAACAUAGCAAUUGAUUGCGAAACAUUGGUACCAAAUGUCUGUGAAGGACAGAAAAAUUAUUCUAUUUGAAGUAAAGUAAAAAGCAGCCAGUAAGACUUUAUUAUGUUAUGCUAUGAAAAAUUCUGAAACCAUGAGUUAAAUCCAUUGCACUGACCCCUACAAUCAGAGCUCAGAUUCAUCUUAAAGGUCUCCUUCACUUUUUUUUUUUUUUCUGAUCUGUUGAUCUGUCUUGAUAUGAAAUGGAUACAUAUAUAUGAACAAAUACAGCCAUUAAAAUCCAUUGCUGAAGCAUCUGUGUUUUUGUAGAUAUCCUCAUAUGUAAGAAAUGAGCAAGAACUAACUUGGACAGCUUUCUUGAAUUGAAAUUGUUUUUGAAUUUGAAUUUGUUAAUAAAGUUCAUGAUAAUGUAUGUUGGCUGAGACAUCAGGAAAAAUGAAAUCUAUGUGGGCGUAGUUCUCCAGAAGGCAAAUGCUUCAUUUAGGAAGCAUUCUGUCAAAAAUGUGUAAAUGUGAGUGCUGGAAAUCUUGCUGAGUCAAGAUGAAACAUACUGUGCCAAAACUUUCUUGUUCUCUGUGUCAGCACUGAUUAAAAUGUCCUCUGGAUGGUUAACCAUGGUAGUCAUUCAGAAGAUACCCAGAAUGGCAAAAGAGAUUCAGAAAACAUUACCAUUCUUACUAAAGAGAGGUGAAGACAGGAAGUUGAAUUUGUAUUAAAAUACUUACUUAUAUUAUACAGUAGGUAAAAUUCAGUUAAGCCAUGCAAUUCAUGAAACAGUAUGCUUCCAAAUACGUGCACUUCGAUGAUUCAAGUUCACCUCAUCAUCAGCUUAAAAGCAUAUUUUGGGUAACUCAUCUUCGAGUUGCACUAAGAGUGAAGAGUAAUGUAUUGUAUAACAAUGCCUUACAACAACACGAUAAAGUGAAUGUAACCAAACCAACCUUAAAUUUUAGAAGCCUUGGAUUGAAACAUUCAGGUUCCAAAACCAAACUGUAUUUUGUAUGCAUCAGAGCCUAAUUCCAUUAAAGGCAGUGGUCCAAGCUGCAGUGAUUUGAAGGGGAGCAAAAGAAAGUUCUCCUUUCUUUAUGCACAUGCAUUUUUGAGCAAGAGCAAUUUGCAAUAAAAAUAUUUGACACCAAAAGAUGGGAAACUUUACUAGCUCUGCUUUUAAUGAGCUGUGUAAUCAAGUUCUAAAAUUUGGAUGUGGCUAUAUGUCAGUUUCAAACAGACAAGUUUUGAGUGAUUUUAUUUCAAGGCAAAGCUGAAUGACAUAUCUGUUGAGAUUUUCUUAGAAGACCACAACAGAAAUGCAGUCCUGAAAACAUAUAUUAAUGUUUUUACAAAUGAGAAAAUAAUUAAAAAUUCAUUGGAGAAGAGUGGUGGUUGAAAGUGUGAAUAAAGUCAGCAAAGAAAUAUCAGCCCCAAUGAUGAAUGUUUCAGAAGGUUUUGCUUUGGAAGGUAACAAAUGUCCUAACAACCUUAUCUCUUUUCAGAUUUACUCUGAAAGAUGUUUCCUAUCACAUUUUCUGGCCUAAGUUUCACUUGGGAUAUAGAAGCAGGGUAUAUAUAGAAGGGUCUCCAUGUGUAUGUGGAUGUUUGGUGAGAAUAAAAUAGAAAAAAGACCUAAAUGAAGCCUGAUGUCAAAACUACGUAGUAAUUCCAUCUCCAACACUACAGAUUUUCUAGAUGGGUUUCAAAAUAAUUUAGAGCAAGAACUUUAUGGGAUGCUGACAGAAGAGCAGUGGUGUGAGACUGUUCAGCCAUCAAGAAGAAGGAGAGUGCUCUGCUUUUCCUAGUCUUACUGAUGACAUUAAUUGGUAUUUAAAUAGUUCUCUGCUCGGGAACAUAAAUAUCACAGAAAAGAAAGAUUUCACCAUGAGAGCAAUACAUUUAUUAUGGCUUUAUGCUAUUGGAAAAAAAAAAAAAAAAAA